AAAGGCGAACAGAAGAUACUACAGUCAAGUGCAAUGAUAUAUUUAAACCCUUAUGUGGGCGUGAGACACCGAUCAGAACUGUACUCACUAAAGGGGUGGCAGGUAUCGGGAAAACAGUCUCUGUGCAGAAAUUCAUUCUCGACUGGGCAGAAGGAAAAGCAAACCAGGAUGUUCACUUCAUAUUUGCUCUUCCUUUCCGGGACCUGAAUUUGAUUAAGGGUGAAUACAGUCUGAUUGAACUGCUUCACCGUUUUGUCCCAGAAGUGAAAUCACUUGAAUCCACUGAGUUAUUUGGGUACAAAGUCUUGUUCAUCUUUGAUGGUCUGGAUGAGUGUCGCCUUCCUCUAAAUUUUCGGAACAAUGAGAGUUGGUUUGAUGUAACAAUGAAAAUGUCACUGGAUCUGCUGUUGACUAACCUCAUUAAGGGGAAUCUGCUUCCAUCCGCUCUCCUCUGGAUAACCUCCCGGCCAGCAGCAACCUAUCAGAUACCUCCUGAGUACAUCCACCGGGUGACAGAGAUACGAGGGUUCAGUGAUGCCCAGAAGGAGGAGUAUUUCAGGAGGAGAUUCAGUGAUCAGAGCCUGGCCAGCAGGAUUAUCACACAUGUGAAAUCAUCAAGGAGCCUCUUCAUCAUGUGCCACAUACCUGUGUUCUGCUGGAUUUCAGCCAUUGUGCUUAAGAUGCUUUUUACUGAGAAUGACAGGGGAGAAAUUCCAAGGACUCUGACUGAAAUGUACACACACUUCCUGAUUCAUCAGGCAAGUUUUAAAAAAGACAAGUAUAUGAAAAACUAUGAAAGCAAGCUAAAUGAAAACAGCAAGGAAUUCCUUUUGAAACUUGGUAAAUUGGCUUUUGACAACCUUGAGAAAGGCAAUCUCAUAUUUUAUAAGCAAGAUCUGACAGAGAAUGGCAUUGAUGUCACUGAAACUUCAGUUUACUCUGGAGUGUGCACAGAAGUCUUUAAAGAGGAGUAUGGGUUGUAUCAGGAGAAGGUGUACUGCUUUGUGCAUCUGAGCAUCCAGGAGUAUCUCGCUGCUUUAUAUGUGUUUCUGUCAAACUCAUCAGCUGACCUGCUGAAGGCUGCAGUGAAUCAGGCAUUAGAGAGCAAGAAUGGACACUUGGACCUCUACCUCCGCUUCCUCCUGGGCCUCUCAACAGACUCCAGUAAGACUCUGUUACAAAGGCUACUGGGGCCGACAGAAACCAGCUCACAUACCAUUAAGGAAACAGCCCAAUACACCCAUCCAUCCAUUUGCCAAACCGCUUAUCCGUCAGGGUUGCGGGGAGUCCGGAGCCUAUUCCGGAAGCAAUGGGGACUAGGCAGGAAACAACCCAGGACGGGGGGCCAGCCCACCACAGCAGCCCAAUACAUCAAGGAGAAAAUAAAGGAGAAUUUAUCUCCAGAAAGGAUCAUCAACCUGUUCCACUGUCUGACUGAACUUGGUGACAAUUCUCUAGUAGAGGAAGUACAAAGAUACCUGAAUUCAGGAAACAUUUCAGUAGAUGACCUCUCACCUGCACAGUACUCAGCUCUGGCCUUUGUGAUGCUGAUGUCAGAUGAGGAGCUGGAUGUGUUUGACCUGAAGAAAUACAUCAGAUCAGAUGAACAGCACUGCAGGCUGCUGCCUGUGGUCAAGAACUCCAGGACGGCUCUGCUGAACAGCUGUGAUCUCAUAGAUAAACACUGUGAACUGCUGACUUCAGCUCUAAGAUCAAACUCUUCCCCCCUGAGAGAGCUGGACCUGAGUGACAAUAACCUGAAGGAUUCAGGAGUGAAGCUGCUCUCUGCUGCACUGGGGGAUUUACACUGUAAACUGGAGAUAUUGAGGCUGUCAGGCUGUAGAGUCACAGAAGAAGGCUGUUCUUCCCUGGCUUCAGCUCUGAAGUUAAACCCCUCACACCUGAGAGAGCUGGAUCUGAGCUACAAUCACCCAGGAGAUUCAGGAGUGAAGCUGCUCUCUGCUGUACUGGAGGAUCCCAGCUGUAAACUGGAGAAGCUGCAGGUGGGCUGGUGUGAACUCACAGAGAAAUGCUGUGAGGCACUGGCUUCAGCUCUCAGAUCUAACUCCUCACCCCUGAGAGAGCUGGAUCUGAACUACAAUCACCCAGGAGAUUCAGGAGUGAAGCUGCUCUCUGCUGUACUGGAGGAUCCCAGCUGUAAACUGGAGAAGCUGCAGGUGGGCUGGUGUGAACUCACAGAGAAAUGCUGUGAGGCACUGGCUUCAGCUCUCAGAUCAAACCCCUCACCCCUGAGAGAGCUGGUCCUGAGUGACAAUGACCUGCAGGACUCAGGAGUGAAGCUGCUUUCUGCUGGACUGGGGGACUUACACUGUAAACUGGAGAUACUGAGGUCAGUCUGACUGGGUAUUCCACACUGUAAACUGGAGUUACUGAGGUCAGUCUUACUGGGUAUUCCACACUGUAAACUGUGGGUAGUGAGGUGAGUAUUACUGGGUAUUUCACACUGCACGCUGGAGAUAAUAAGGUGGAACAUAGCUAUUGAUUUCAAAAUAAAGCAGGAGUAUCUAAGUCUACAGGUUGACUUAAAAAAUAACAUUAGACUCGCUACAGUAAGUGGAAUGUCGAAAGGAAGAUUGCAUUGGAGGUUAAGAAUGACAUUAAAAGUUUCUUCCAAUAUUUUAACUCCAAAAGAGCUGUAAAAGCUGAAAUCACUCAUCUGCAGGAUAGUAAGGGCCUUAUAAUUGAAAAU